AUGUCUAUUACUCUCUUUCAUCUUAAUCGUCAAUUACUCACACGAGCCUUGACUCGUACAGGUCCUUUAGCAAUAGCUCAACAAAAAGCUACUUCCAGUACUGUUACACCAGACGUAGCUAAAUAUCGAGCGAAAUCUGCUGAAUGGCUUGCAACUAAUGAGAAAAAGUACCAACGACCAAUAUCACCACACAUACAAAUCUAUCGAUUUCCUUUUCAAGUAUGGUCAUCUGGCUUUCAUCGUAUUAGCGGUUUGAUGUUGAACGGAAUGUUAUAUACUGCUGGUCCACUUGCAUUUCUUGCUACUGGUCAUAGUACAGAAAUUUUAAACUAUAUCUAUUCGAUGGACAUCCCAAGCUGGUUCAUCUUUUCAGUGAAAUUGUUCAUUGCCUGGCCAAUUUCAUAUCACGCAUUGAACGGAAUUCGUCAUUUGGCGUGGGAUACUGGACGAGGUUUUGAAAACUUUGAAAAGAUCAGUGCAGUGAUUUUCCUCCUUUCAUUUGUUCUCGCUGGUGUUAUAACUCAACUUUGCCUAUUUCCUUUAGAUCUACAUUGUAAAAUUUUUUUAAAUAAAAAACAAAAAUGA